AUGGAAAAGCAAGAAGAGCUUUUUGACAAUAGAAAUGAGUUUAUAAUAAAAUCAACUUUGGAUUUAUCAUAAAAUAGUGAUCAAGAAUAAAAAUUUUAAUAAAUAAGCUCAAAAAUAAAAGAAUAAGAUGAUGGGUCAAGCUAUUUUGAAACAAAAUAUAAUUAUGAUAAAUAAUUGUAUUAGACACAUAAUAUUCAAGAAAAGCAUCAAUUACUAAAUUUUGUUAAUGAUGAAGAAUAAAAGAGUGAUUAAUCAUUAUAGAAUGAAUUAAAAAAUUUAUAAAAUGAUUUAAAUUAAGAGAAUAAUGCUAUUUAAAAUUUAUAGCAUAAAGAGAAAGUUUAAAAUGAAUGCUUAACUGAACAAAUUCAUGAAAUUUAUUUUCAAAAAAUGGAAGGAAACAAUAUUUUGAGUGCAGAUCAAAAUUGUAAUGAUUAAAUUGAUGAUUUUGAAGUUUAAGAUAAUUAAAUCGUUGAAGAAAUUAGUUAUAAAAAUUUAAGAAUAGAUUCUUUUUUUUAGUAAAAUAAAUUUAUUGAGUUCUUCAAAUAAAACAACUGGAUUAAAAUUACAUUCAUAAAAGAAUAGAUAGGUUCUUAUACGAAAGCUUUACUAUCUAAAAUAGAUGAUGCAUUAUCAGAAUGUAAAAAAAUUUAAAAGCCUAUUAGACUUUAACUAGAAGCUCAUCAAAUCAGCAUACUUUUCUUAGUACCGUUGUGUAAAAGUCUAAUUUCCUUUCCUAAUUUAGUUAGCCUUUAACUAAAUUUAAGCAAAAACUAUUUAAAUAUGAAUGCAUUGCAGGAUUUAGGGUAGGCAAUAUAAUUAACAAGGAAUGUAAGAUUUUGGGAUAUAGAUUUAAGUUAUAAUCCUAAGUUAGAUAAUAUUGGACAUCUAAUACUCUAAGAUUUGAGUUAGUUGAAAUAAUUAGAAAAAUUAUCAGUAUCUUUGAAUAAUACUAGCUAAAAUAGUUAGUGUGCUUUGUUUGCAGCAAAAUGUGUCUGUAAUAAUAAACAAACUUUAAGAUAAAUAAACUUUUAAUUUAGAAAUUGCUUUUAAAUUUCAGAUGAUUCUAUUCGUUCUUUAUUUAAUUAAAUAUAUGAAGUAGAAUUAAUUAGCUCGCUUGGAUUAGGUUUAGAUGUAAUUAAAAUAAAUAAAUAGACAUCUAAAAAGCUAUCAUAAAUUUUAACAAAACAUUAACAGAUGACAAAUUUGACUUUGAAUUUAUCCUAAUGUGAAAUAAAUAAAAGAUAGUUUUAAAGUAUCGCUAUGUCUAUUUACAAUAUGAGUUCAAUUAAAAAACUCGAAUUUGGCUGCUUUAGCUACAAAUAAAACUCAUUUAUAUAAGAUACAAUAGGAACAAUACUUAAAAAUAAAUAUAUUUUAGAUGAUCUAUAAUUAGAUUUGAGUGAUAAUUCCUUAGAAGAUGAUAACUUAUAUGAGCUAGUUUAGUGUUUAAAAAAUUUACCUGCCUUAAAAAAUGUAAAAUUUAAUUUAUCAAAAAAUUAAUAAUUUGGCAAAAGUGUUAUCCAUCUAGCAAAUUUAUUGAAAGAAAAAGAAAUUAAAGGAAGUCUAGAUCUAAGGUAUUGCAAGAUAGACUAAAAUAUUAUAACAAAGAUUUCUAAUAUGCUGAUUAUGCAAUUAUACCUCACUCAAAAAUGA